CUCGAGGAUGCGUGAUUUGCGAGUCCAAUGAGAUGGAAGGCGCGUGCGAUCGACGCGCCACGACUGCCUUUGCGCGACUCAAAUGGCACAGUAAAGCGACAGGAAACGCUGUGCGAACUGCGAACAUGAAUUGGACUGGGGGCACUCUGCAACGCACCAGACAUGCUAACAAAGGAGUCAUCCAAAAACAGAAGGCCUACUUCGCCCGCGCUCGUGCGAAGCUGCAACAGAGCCCGGAAGCCGCAACCACGCCAUUUCACCCUGAGUUCCUCCAAGAUGGUGGCGUCUACGGACUCGGGCGUCGCAUUUCUUCGUCUGCGUCAGGCUCGGUGAGUCAUGCUCGCCACUCAGCUAGGAAGCGCCGAGUGAGAGAUGAACACCAUAAUUCGCCAACAGCACGGGGAUGGAGACGCGCAAACGACCUGAGAUUACAAGGGGCCAGCCCCCAUUUUGAGCAGGACCGAUACAGGGGUGAAGUUGACAAAGAGAAGCAACGAGACCAGGGGAAGAGGGAACCGCCUCCUGAUACCGAAACGCAGCUCCUCGAAGCCAACAAGAAACGAUUGUUGAGGCAACAAGAUUGGAUUGGGAUUGAACUCUCGAAGCCUGUUGACCUGCGAUGUCUCUCUACCACAGAAACUAUUGCGAUCGGAAAGCGCAGGAAGCCCGACGCAAAAACCAGAGAAGUGGCUCGUCGUGCGAGCCCUGUCACAUUCGUGCAUCCGUCCGGUAGAGAUGAGCUUGACGACGGGGGCAACGCUCUCAUGAGUGGCGCUCUCCCCCGACUUGCGGCUGGGGAUAUUCGAGUUCGCAUUGGAUCAGAUGCUUUGACGACAGCUGCAUCGAUGCAAUUGAUCGACUACGCCUCGUCACAGACUGACUCAGACCCUAUGCUCUUCGAUGAAGAAUUUGAUGGCGCAGUACGACGAGAAAUAUUAGAACCUUCACAGGGCGGACCCUCUCUUGGUCGCAGACUCGCGGCAAACCCCAGAUCGACUGUCGACCGAAACUGCUCGCCGCAGCAUGGCCCACCUGCAUACCAUAAUCUUACGAUAAGCCCAGCCAUGCAUGUAGACGAGUGCAUGCGGCACACUGCAGCUGACCCCAAUGCACUUGACCGGUUUGUCCAACCGAGCGAAGCGACAGACCAAAGCUAUCGACUGACGCACCGCGCGGGAAGCAUUGAACGCCCUUUCAAGCUGACUUUCGGAAGAAGACCACCCCAUCUCGAUCAUACUGCAUCGGCGACCAAAAACUCUAGUGAGACGCAGCGUGUCCAUGCAAACUUCAAUGCUGAAGCAACCGAGACUGGGAAAGUACCCCGAAACGUUGAGAGAUCACUACAGGACGUUGUCAAGAGGCACACAAACCCACCUUCAAGGGAUGGUGAUGAACCCUGGAGGCCGUAUCUGGAUACAGGCACAUCAAGCUCUGACCAUAAUGAUGAUUGGACUGCAAUUAAUCAGCCUCACGCACCUGCGCGAAACGCAAGAGCUGAACUCUCGAGCUGCCCACAGCGUACCACUCCGGUUAAUCUUACACACGUCAACUUGCUAACAGUACCCGCCUCUUUGCCUUCGCGAAUUCGAUCAAAUGCACACCUACCAGACGCACGUACCAUUCUGCGGGCCGGUGCCGAUAAGGGGUUUGGCAAUGAUGAGGCGUUCUGGCAAUCGUGUGCGCUUGGAGCUGAUCCGCAAUCCACAAUGGAGACCGUCCGCAGUCCCGACGAAACGAGUGAGAACUCAACGUCGCGAGCGACAAAGGGCUAUGCUUCGACGAGAUUGCCGCAAUCGACUGCUGUCACUUCUGUCAGCUCGACACCAUUCCCGUCCACACCGUUCAGGUCACUAUCUGGACAGGCUUCUCGCAUAAGCGACGGUGUACAAUAUACGCCACACUCAGGGUCCCGGUCGAUCUCUUCGGCGGCUCUGUCCUAUACGGUAUGGGGUGGCGCCGAGCCGCCGCACGGGGAGGACGUCCCGGGUGAGGGACAGGGCGGGGAGACAUCUGCAGGUAGCCAGUUCUGCGAGCUGGUCACCUACGCCUCAUUUCGGAACCAUGCAUCUCACGUCGAUGAGGUGAUCAGUGAUACAAGGACGUCCCGCAGUGAUCUGGACCAGCGUAGCCGUGCGCAAGACGAUGUUUCGAGGCUGGCGCAGGCGAGUGGAAGCACCAUCUGGUCGCGGGAGGACCAGGCUUCAUCUAUGCGCAACAUGACAGACAGCGAUGAUGUGGGUAUCGAUCUUGUUGACCCAGAGAGGUUGGCGUGACCUUGUUUCGUGUCGGGUUGUAUCCUGACCUGACAUGGAUCGCGAUUCUAUGAGCGGGGUUUCUCUGUAAUGUUUCGACGUGUCAUGAACGGUCAAGGUCAAGGUUCAACAGCAGGACGUCCAUAUGUGUC